AUGCUCACGCCGUUUUCCUUGCAGUAUAUCCAAGAUCGACUCUACCUAGCUUCAUACACCCACGCGCCUGAUGCGACGACGCCAUUCCCGUACCCCAAGCAGAGCGCAUCGCCGUCGAAGCGGUCGGCACGCGCACAAGCCGGUCCUACUGCAACCGGAGCCAAGGCGAACCCACCAGUGUACUUCAGCAUCGACAAGACGCUCCUCUACAAUGCGUUCCACGGCGAUUUCGGCCCACUGCACAUUGGCCACCUGUACCGCUUCGCUGUGCAAUUGCACGAGGUUCUCGGCGACCCAGCAAACGAGGACAGGGCAGUAGUCUUCUGGAGCAGCGCAGACUCAAGAAUAUCAGGUCGCGCAAAUGCCGCAUGCAUAUUGGCCUGCUACAUGGUGCUCAUCCAGUCAUGGCCGCCUCACCUUGCCCUCGCGCCCAUUGCGCAAAUGGACCCGCCUUGCAUGCCCUUCCGCGAUGCAGGCUACAGUCAAGCAGACUAUGUUCUCAACAUCCAAGACGUCAUCUACGGUGUGUGGAAGGCCAAGGAAGAAGGUCUUUGCGGGCUCAAGGACUUCAGCCUGGAAGAAUAUGAGAAGUUUGAGCGCGUCGACAUGGGCGACUUCAACUGGGUGACCCCUCAAUUCCUUGCAUUCGCCUCGCCUCAGCAACAACCGACCCACGAGAUCCCCACCUCAUCACCGAUGUACGCGACGCUCCCCUCCAACAUCGCCGAGGUCCAGCGAUCAGGGCUACCGGGUCCCUUCAAGAACGUCCUGUCGCACUUCAGUGCGCGCAACAUUGGUCUGGUAGUGCGCUUGAACUCGGAGCUCUACUCGUCGAGCUACUUCACGAAGAUGGGCAUCCAGCACUUGAACAUGAUCUUCGACGACGGAACAUGCCCGCCACUAUCCUUGGUCCGCAAGUUCAUCAACCUCGCCCACGAGAUGAUCACGGUACACAAGAAGGGCAUUGCUGUCCACUGCAAAGCUGGACUUGGCCGAACGGGAUGCCUCAUCGGAGCAUACCUUAUCUACAAGCACGGUUUCACAGCCAACGAGAUCAUCGCCUACAUGCGCUUCAUGCGCCCCGGCAUGGUCGUCGGUCCCCAGCAGCAUUGGCUGCACCUCAACCAGGCCACCUUCCGCGAGUGGUGGCACGAGGACACCAUGAAGGCCAAGUACGCAGAGAUGAUGCCUUCGACACCCACCAAGUCACCGCGCAAGCAGCGCCUUGCAAGCAACGGCCAGACCUUCACACCACCCAACGGCUCGCAGAAGCGCGUAGCUCUUGGUGAGAUCGAGUCGAACGAACGCGGCAACGCAGCACAUUCGCACAUUGGAGUACAAGAGGACAACCUGCCAGCGCCCACGCCUGGUCAGCCGCGGAAGACUAGCAAGCUCUACGGCAAUGGGAGCACAAGGCAGUCACCACAGCGCAUUGACGAGAACGAGCCGUUCACAAAGACAGAGGUCAGAGCAGACAUAAGCCGAUUCGAGGGCGAGUCAGACGAGGAGUACCAUCUCCGUCAGGUCGCACGGAGAACCAACUCCAGGUCCCCUACCCGCUCGCCCGUCGCGAAGGACAAGCAGCGACGUGCCUUCAGCACCACCUCCGUGGUUCAGACCGUCACACACACUUCAUUCGGCUUUGGUGAAGAGAGCGACGCAGAGAACACCGCACCCGCUGUUGGUGGGCGACCAAAGACACCGAAAGAGAAGAGUGGAAACGGCAGCAUUAGCAUGGGCAAGAUCCGAACGAGCCCUACACGACGAAGCACGGAUAGCAAGACACCCGCCGGCGUACGAAAGACGAGUGGUCGCGUUGGCAGCAUCGGCAACGGCCUUGCCCGCACCAAGUCAUGA